GGGUCUGGGCGGAGCGGUUAGAGUGUGACACCCGCUUACCGAGCUACAGAAUGGAGUUUCAGUGACUCCGGUAAUCACAAAACAGACGACAAAAUAAUUCAAACGAGAAACACGGCGGCAGGCAGGCCGGCUCCGGGCAGGAUGGCAGAGAGCAUUACUAUACGGGUCCAGUCCCCAGAUGGGAUGAUAAAAGUUUCAGCAACCAAGCGGGACACAGCUGCUGCGUUUUUAAAAAAGGUCGCUAAGGAGUUUGGGUUUAGCACCAACGGCUUCUCCAUUUACCAGAACAGAAACAAGACUGGAGAGAUUACGCCGCAGAGCAAAUCACUUAGUCUUCUCAAGAUCAAACAUGGAGACAUGCUGUAUCUGUUCCCCUCGGCUGCCCCUGGACCCUCAGGUGAGAUCAUGGAUGUAGCAGCGCCACCUUCAACAUCAUCGACAUCGUCAUCGCUGUCACGAGCCCAGUCUUCAUUAUCACGACCUCAGACAACAACGCAAAUCACAGAGGAUGAGAUUGACCAGUAUCUGGCCAAACAAGAUGGGAAGAUUUACAGAAACCAAGAUCCACAACUGUGCCGACACGGAUCAAUGGGGAAAUGCGUACACUGUGUACCUUUAGAGCCUUUCGAUGAGGAUUACCUGAAUCACCUGGACCCACCGGUGAAACACAUGUCAUUCCAUGCGUACAUCCGCAAACUGACAGGAGGCGCUGACAAGGGGAAGUUUGCGGCCCUGGAGAACAUUAGCUGUAAGAUUAAAUCGGGCUGUGAGGGACACCCACCUUGGCCAGAGGGGAUAUGCACCAAGUGUCAGCCCAGCGCAAUCACCCUCAACAGACAGAAAUACAGACAUGUGGAUAAUAUCAUGUUUGAGAAUCACACGAUCGCUGACCGCUUCCUUGACUUCUGGAGGAAGACUGGGAACCAGCGGAUGGGCUACCUGUAUGGACGCUACACAGAGCACAAGGACAUCCCUCUGGGCAUCAGAGCUGAAGUGGCAGCCAUCUAUGAGCCUCCUCAGAUCGCGACCCAGAACAGCUUGGAACUGGUGGACGAUCCCAAAGCCGGAGCUGUGGAGGAAAUUGCAGCUAAACUGGGCCUCCGGAAGGUGGGCUGGAUAUUUACAGAUCUGCUCUCUGAAGACACCAGGAUAGGUACUGUCCGGUACAGCAGAAACAAGGACUCCUAUUUCUUGAGUGCAGAGGAAUGCAUCACAGCUGGCGAUUUCCAGAACAAACACCCCAACACCUGCCGGCUCUCUCCCGACGGAGACUUUGGAUCGAAGUUCGUCACUGUGGUGGCAACAGGGGGUCCUGAUAAUCAAGUGCACUUCGAGGGGUACCAGGUGUCAAAUCAGUGCAUGGCGCUGGUGCGGGAUGAGUGUUUACUGCCCUGCCGUGACGUGCCCGAGCUCGGCUAUGCCAAGGAGUCCAGCACUGAGCAGUACGUACCGGACGUCUUCUACAAGGACAAAGACAAAUUCGGUAAUGACAUCACCUAUUUAGCACGGCCACUGCCUGUGGAAUACCUGAUCAUAGAUAUAACCACCACUUUCCCGAAGGAGCCAGUUUACACAUUCACGUCCAUGCACCGCUUCUCCAUCGAGAAUCGAGACGUCCUGGGAGAGACACAGGAUUUCCACAGCCUCGCCACGUAUCUCUCCCAGAACACAUCUACUGUGUUCCUCAACAUUGUGUCUGAUUUCCACCUCCUCCUCUUCCUGGUAACCAACGAGGUCAUGCCACUCGGAGACAGUAUCGGCCUCCUGCUAGAUGCGGUGAAGACCUCCAAUGAGGAACUAGCACAGACCUGGAGGAAAUCAGAACAGUGGGCAACAAUCGAGCAGCUGUGCAGCACAGUUGGUGGGCAGUCGUCAGGGUUACCUGAAUACGGUGCCAUGGGAGGGCCCCCUAUCCCCGCCUCCUCCUCUUCGAUGUGGUCCUGCCUCCACUGCACCUUCAUGAACCAGCCCGGUACAGAGCAAUGUGAGAUGUGCAGUCUGCCCCACAGCUAAACCUGCCACCCCCACAGAGAGGAAAGGGGAAGGGGGGUGAAGAGACCAGAACCAACAUCAUUGGACUUGGCACUGGGACCAGUUACAGGAACUAGUGUCUCCUCUGUGUCUUUUUCUUUGACUCCCCCUGCCCGAUCUCAGAGGCUGUCUUGGGAAUAAAAAAACUAAACAAAA